AUGCAAGCCCUCGAACAGGUAAUUGGAAGCAAUGUAAUUUUACUUUGGCUUGAUGAUCACAUUGGACGGCCUGAAAAUUGUCAAGAACUGAAAAAGCAAUUUCCAUCCAGUGAGAAACUAUGUUUAUUUUAUGAAGUGGAAUCAUGUGUCCAAUUUGUCGAAACCGUUAAAAACAAAAAAGUUUUCGCUAUUAUACAAGGUAAAUAUGCACGAGACAUCGUUCCUUGUUUGGAACAGCAUACAAGUGACCCGGUGGUUUACAUUUUUUGUAUGAACGUCCUCGAACACAAAAGUUGGGCUGAAGAACACGACUGUAUAUUGAAGGGCGGUAUUCUCGAUCCUGAAGCAGAUCUUUUAACAAGAUUGACACAAGAUAUGGCAGACUAUGCUACUUCGAAAGCUUCAGAACAUGAAAGCAAGAAACGUGCUUUUGAGGAAUUGGCACAAUAUUUAACCCGAGAAGCUAAACGUCUUCGAGCUGAACAAUGUACGUUAAUGUUUAAAACUGAUCCAUACAGCGGUCAGGAAACGCCGUGUGUACAACCAGAAACAUGA